AGAGGCGCUACAGGAAUACUGGCGCGCUCAGUAGGACGCGUAUUAAGGAGGAGCGCUCUCGGUGACCGGUGUUACAGCUUUUAAAAGCACUUCUAAAAAAAAUAAUCCAUCUGGGUUAUAUCAUUCUUAAUACAAUGGUUUUGUUGCGCACUUUUUUUUUAUCACUGAUGGAAUUGGACGCCCCGUUUCCGAAUCCCUCGCGUCGCACGCCAGACACCCGUUAGGACACCGACCGUUCUCUUCGUUGGGAGUCUGAAUGGAAAACAUGUCACCGGCACAACGGCACGAGUGCCUGGACCGCGCCUCGCCCUCCGCGGAACCCGUAGGGCACAGCCGACAGCCCGAGAACAAACGGCGGGUCAGGUCAGAGAGCCAGAGGCGGCAGUCGGCCCCGUCCCUGGUCCUGUCCAAGGCCCUGAUGCGCUCCAGAACCAUCUCCAGGGAGAGCUACCAGGUUCCGGUGUGCCCGGAGACGUGUCUGCUGAUCCAGUCGUACCUGGCGUGUCCCGACCGCUCCUUCCUGCUCCACGGCCACGCCCAGCUGAAGACCGGCCUGCAGACCCAGGAGAGACACCUCUUCCUGUUCAGCGACACUCUCCUCGUCACCAAGGCCAAGGCGAUGAACCACUUCAAGCAGAAGGCCCAGGUGCGGCUGAGUGAGAUGUGGACGGGGGGCGCGAUGGAGGAGGUGUGUGAGGGCAGCACGGCCCCCGACCAGGGCUUCGUCAUGGGCUGGCCCACCUGCAACUGUGUGGCCACAUUCGGCUCCUCAGAACAAAAAGAAAAAUGGCUGUCACUCCUCAAAAGUCGAAUAAAGGAGGAGAAGGAGAGGGAGGAGCCAAAGACCAUGGCGCUCAGCGUCCACGCCAAAGGAAUCAACACCUUCGCACAUACCAAAACCCUCCCGGUCAGCAAUUCAGAUUCCACCAAUGAGGUGGUCCGCCUGGCCCUUCAGCAGUUUGGGAUCGCCGGUAACGUGAAGGACUACCAGCUGUGGGCCAUCUCCAAGAGAGAAAACACACCUUAUCCUCUAAUUGGUCACGAGUUCCCCUUCAGCAUCCACGCGCACCACAUGCGCGACCCUCCGUCCCGGGAGGUGCUGACGUCCUGCGACAGGCAGGGGGCGCUGCUGCUGCCGGAGCUGGCGCCGCCGCCCUCCGGGGGGAAGCAGUGUCAGUUUGUCCUGAAGCUGCGGCCCCUGGCUACGGCCCCGGGUCAGGUUGCCCUCGAGCCUUCCCAGAAGCACUUCAAGAGGCGCCGUUCCCUCAUCAACUGGGCCUUCUGGCGAGGCCCCGGCCACCAGCUCAAUGACCCCGCCUCCAACGCCGGUCCCCGUGGCGACCUCUUCGGCCAACCGCUGAGCUCCCUGUGCCUGGAGGACGCGCUGCCGAAGCCGAUCACGGACAUGCUGUUCUUCCUGUACCACGAGGGCUCUUGGACGCGGGGGAUCUUCCGGCGGUCGGCGGGGGCCCGGGCGGUCCGGGAGCUUCGGGACUCCCUGGACGCCGGGCUGUGCGAGCUCCCCCUGACCCGGGACCACGUCUUCAUCAUCGCCGGCGUGUUCAAGGACUUUUUGCGCAACAUCCCCGGCAGCCUGCUGUGCUCGGAGCUCUACGAGGAUUGGGCGGAGGUGGUGGAGGAGGAGGAGGAGGAAGAGAAGGAGGAAGAGGAGCAGGUCAAAGCCAUACAGAGUCUGAUUGGCCGGCUGCCCGCGGCUAACGCCGUGCUACUGCGCUACGUGGCGGCGCUGCUGCACGGUAUCCAGGGCAACGCGGACCACAACCAGAUGACCAGCUUCAACCUGUCGGUGUGCAUCGCUCCCAGCAUGCUCUGGGCCCCGGGCCCCUCCAGCCCCGAGCAGGAGGGCCGAGGGGCCAAGACGGUGUGUGACCUGGUCCGGUUCAUGAUAGACCACUGCAAGCAGAUCAUGGAGUCGGACCCCAGCUCUGUGUUUGGAGGACCUCCGCAACGACGCGAUGAGGAAACUCCAUCAGAAGAGUCGUGGUCGUGCCACAUGACCGACUCCUCCUACGACAGUCUGGAGAACGAGCUGGACGACGACGGCGCCAGCAGCGGGGGCUCGCCCGCCCUCUCCCGCCACCGCCACCGCCCCGUCCACCGCCGCCACCACCGCCCGCCGCGCGGCAGCCUGGACUCCGUCCUGACGCUGAGCGACCUGGACCCCGACUGCGACGCCAGGACCCCCGCCCUGGGGGACGACGCCGCCGCCGCCGCCGCCCUGGACCCCCCCUGGUCCCCCGGUCACGGCCGGCGCCGGCAGUCCGAGCCGGCCGUGGCGUACGCGGCGAAGCUGACGGUGUGCGACGCGCGGGAGGAGGAGGAGGAGGAGGAGGAGCCUCUGAGCGCCGGGGGUCUCCUGCCGGCCCCCCGGAGCCCUGGGGGGGGUCAGGACCGGCGGGUGUCCGCUCCGGAGCACGCCCCGCCGUCUCCCCCCCCGAGGACCCCGCCCCGCUCCCCCCUCGAGACCCUCCGCGACUGGGCGGCGCGCCCGGCCAGGGGCCCCCCGCCGCCCAGAGAGCCCCACUCCUGGGGGACGCUGAGGGGCAACAGCCAGGGGCUGCACCCCAACUCCUGGCUGAAGGAGGCGCGGAGGCUGUCUCUGACGCAGCAGGACCACCCCGAGACCCCGGGGGGCGACGAGGAGGAGCGGAGGCGCCCCGGGCCCCGGGGCCUUCAGUACGGCCCGGACAAGGACGGACCGGGAAAGUGGGCGGUGGCCAAGCCCCCCGCCCCCGCCCACCACCGCUCCACCGGCAGCCUCCACUUCCCCCCCAGGACCGCCCCCGGCGCAGGAAGUGAUGUCGCCGUAUCGUCGCCGCCACAGCACCUCGUGCACCAGCCCGGGGCCACCCUCUCCCUCUUCAGGCACCGGCGGUCCAGCCACGCCGUCGUCAAGGUGACGGAGCCCCCCCCGACCGAGGGGAAGCCCCGUAGGUCCUCCGAGCCGGGGCUCCCCCAGGACCCUGCUCUUCUUUUUCAUCCUCAUCAGGGGGCCGAGACCCCCCCCGCCGCCGCCGCCGCGGGCCAGCGGCCGGGACCUCAGGGCGUGUUCAGGGAAGCGCUCCGCACGCCGGGGCUCAGGGUGUCCAAGGCGGACUGCGAGGGGGGGGACCAGACACGCCCCCGCCCCUCGGAGAACUGCGAGCCCCAGAGCGGCCAGGAGGGGGCGCCGGCCCCAGGGAGGGGGCGGGGCCAGUGGCGUCGGAGGAGGCACAGCAGCGUCAUGGCGGAGCGCGACUUCAACCAGCUGCGCUUCUCCGAGGAGUCGUACGUUUGACGCCCCCGCCGUUUACCCCGAGCGGCGACCGGCCACUAGUGGUGGAUUCAAUGAUUCGUUUCCGUGACCCAGUUCGCGUGAUUCAGUUCGCCACGAGGAGUCGUUCGCGAAUCGUUCGUUCGUUCGUUCAGUCGAGUUUCCGGUAGCACUAACUCCACUGAGUCUGACUGACCGUGCAAUGGGGUCCAUUCCAUGAUGCGAUUUUCCGCUACCGGAAACCAGGCUGAACGAACAUACGAUUCG